GGAAAAUUUGGAGGUUGGUUUUCUAGUUAUAGUCGAUUAAAUUCAUGGUUGGCUUUUGUCGGGGCAAAAUGGCAGAACAACCGAUCAUCACCAAGGUGUUUAAUGAUCCCAUCCAUGGUAGCAUAGAGUUACACCCACUCCUCAUCAAGAUCAUUGACACACCUCAGUUCCAGAGACUUCGAUUCAUAAAGCAGCUUGGAGGUGUCUACUUUGUUUACCCUGGAGCGUCUCACAACCGCUUUGAACACUCGAUCGGGGUGGGAUACUUAGCAGGAAAACUUGCUGAGGCUCUCAGGUCAAGGCAGCCGGAACUCAAUCAUGACAGAGACGUCCUUUGUGUUCAGAUUGCUGGCCUCUGUCAUGACCUGGGUCAUGGACCCUUUUCCCAUCUGUAUGAUGGACUGUUCCUCCCAAAGCACUGGAAAAAAGGAAAAGAAAUGAGAAAAAAUUGGGAAUUGGGAGAAAUGGAGAAAUUGGAGAAAUGGAAGCAUGAAAAGGGCUCUUGUGACAUGCUAGACCACCUGCUGAAAGAGAAUAAUCUUGAACCAGUGAUGAGGCAGUAUGGACUGGAACCUGAAGACGACAUACCAUUCAUCAAGGAGAUGAUUGCUGGACCUCUACAGGAAUCUGAAGGGCAGAAGUGGCCGUACGAAGGGCGCCCAGAAGAAAAGUCCUUCCUCUACGAAAUUGUGUCCAACAAAAAAAACGGCGUUGAUGUGGACAAGUUUGACUACUUGGCCAGGGACUCUUACUACCUGGGGAUCAAGAACAACUUUGACUUUCAUCGCUUCCUGCAGUUUGCCAGAGUGUGUAAGGUUGAAGACAAAGACUGCAAAGAACGAAAAAGGGAAACUAUCUGCACCAGAGACAAGGAGGAGGACAAUAUGUACGACUUGUUCUACAUAAGACACCGUCUCCACAAAAGAGCCUAUCAGCACAGAGUAAACAAAGUCAUUGAACAUAUGAUUGCAGAGGCUUUUUUGAAAGCAGACGGUCACAUUGAGAUUGAAGGAUCACUAGGAUCAGCAGAAUCAGAAGGAAAAAGGAUCUCUACAGCCUUUAAGGACAUGGAGGCCUACACAAAGCUCACAGACAACGUGUUUGAGGAAAUACUGAAGUCUUCCCGUCCUGAGUUACAAGAGGCAAGAGAGAUUCUGCAAAACAUUGUCUCUCGAAAGAUCUACAAGUUUGUUGGUGAGAGAAAGCCAAAGGUACCCAUCGAGGAUUGGAAAAGCCGGAUUUCUGGCUGGAAAGAAGGAUUGGCUCAACCCUCCCUGAGGAAGAAACAACCUGAAACCAGAGGACUUUGAAAUCCUGGUCAUUAACAUGGACUACGGCAUGAAAGACGAGAACCCUGUUGAACAUAUGCAUUUCUACAGCAAGAAGGAGCCUGACGUGGCAAAGCCAAUGUCCCCAGAAAAUGCAUCCAGGAUUAGAACAGAGAUCUUUUCUGAGCAGCUGAUCAGGGUCUUCUGUAAGAAGAUUGAUGACGAUAGUGUGGAGGCUGCCAGACAGCACUUUGAACAGUGGUACAGUGAUUUUCCAAUCCUUUGAUAAUAGUUGAAUAUUAAGAUGUUAAAGGAUACAAUAUCGACUAACUUGCUGUUGAUUGAACAUAAAACCAGUUGAUUUGGCUAAAGUAAAUAGAAAACAGUCCACACUGAGUACAGUUUAUUUAAUAUGGUUGAACAUGUGAUCUACAAUCUGCUGAGUGUGGAAAACAUUAGCUGUGCUAGCAUCCUCAGCCUUCGGUCUUCCUUUCAGGUUAACGUAUGCUUACCUGUGCUGGUGAAGCUCUACUCUAAUAGAUUUGAUACUUUAACUUAACAAAAUACUGCCAAAGUGAGCAACACUCCAACAUGUUAUUGGUCCUUUGUCCUGGUUUGCAUCCAGGUUAGACAGCAAGUCUAGACAGUCAGUCAGGUUUCUGUACUGAAACAAUUUUACUGACCUGUAUUGGAACCGUGCAGGACUCUGGUUUGGGGCCCUCAGGUUAAGAGAGGUAAGCAACAGCAGCAUGGGAGUGAAACCAAAAGAUUAACCAACCCUCUGGUUUCUUCAACUUUCACUCAGGAGCAAAAAUCAGCUUUUAAAUUUGAAAAUUUGAAAGUAAAAAUGAUUGACAAUUAUUGUGAUAAUUAUAUCGACUGAUAUGACAUUUUGAUAACAUUUUUAGUUUUUUUAGCCCAG